UUAAUAUUUAUUAUUAAGAUAAAAUGUCUUCUAAAUCCAUUAGGAAGAAGUUGAUGCUUGCUAAGAAGCUCAAUCAAAACAAGCCAUUGCCAAACUGGUUCAGAUUUAAGAAAAACACUACCAUCAGAUGGAACGCCAAGAGAAGAAACUGGAGAAGAACCAAGCUGAAGUUGUAAAUACUCUUUUUGAGGGACUCCUUAUCUUCACUUGCUGCAAGCAAUCAUUUAUACUCUAAAUGGAAGAGACUGGAGUUCUGUGCAAUUAUAAAGUUAAC